AUGUGCUUUUCUUGUAUAUAAAUUCGCAAUAUAACGAAUAAGUUUAUGUUCAAUGAUUUAGGAUAGCAGGUAAAUAGUGGCAAUGAAUUAAUGAACUGCUAAUAGAUGAUUAUAUGCUUAUAAGUAAUACUAUAAUUUAAUAUAAUGUGCAUAAAGAAUCUCUAAACCAGACACAGUCAGCAAAAAGUUUUACCGUUUGCGGUAUGUGUGUUUGUGCCGUUAGAAGAGACGCAGCUGUCAAAUGAACACAAAAGAAAAAGUCGCAUUUAGUGUAAAGAAUCGUGGAUGAUUUAAUAGAAUAAAAAUAGAAAAAAAUUCAAUUUGAAUAAUCUUAUAAGGAAUUCGUGGCUUUUUAUGUGGACUUAAUUUUUUCCUGAUUUUUUAGAAUUUGUGUUGUGUCGGUAGAAUAAUUUCAAACGAAAGAAAUUAAUUGUGGUUUGCAAAGACAAAAACUAUAAGAGACUGUGAGUUGAGUACUAUUAAUUGCGAAAUAGUAAUAGUGGAGGAGAGAGACAUAAGGCAGACCGGUUGUUUCGUUGUACGAGACUGAGAGUUUGAUGCCCACAGAGUCUUACUGCUUGACCACCGAUGUCUUCUAGCUCCCAGUUAGCCGAGCAGGCAGCUUCCACUACCGCUGAGCCACCAGUAGCUAAGAAACGGAAGCUCGCACCUAACUCGUCACCAACCUCCACGAGUUCCCACAAAAACAACAAUAACGGUAGCGGCGCAGCAGGCGACGAAAUUGACAAAAGCGUUAAGAGUGAGACAACUGCUGGUAAAUCAGCAGCAUCGUUAGUAUUGUCAUCCUGCUCGUUAGCUUCGUCAAGUUGCAAAAACGCAGCCGGCUCACUCGUUUCGAAAAGUACAACGAGCGAGAACAGCGGCGGCGGCAUUAGUACAUCGUCAGCAGUGAAUAAAGAAAGCAGGAAUAUUAAUAACAGCGACAAGCAAAGCUCCUCGUGCACUAAAGAACAAGAAAAAACUAGUGUUGUGGGUUCCAACUGCAAAAUAAGCGCCAAUAGCAACAGCUCAAUAAUAAAUCCUAACCCUACAACGAAAACAAGCACUAGCAAUAACAGCAGCGCCAACAACUCGGCAACACCAAUGGAUACGAAUUCCCAGAGUGAUGGAGCCACUGGCGAUAUUGAUGAGUCUCUGUACUCACGGCAAUUAUAUGUGCUUGGUCAUGAUGCUAUGCGUCGCAUGGCCAACUCAGAUAUUUUAUUGUCCGGUUUAAAUGGCCUGGGCUUGGAAAUAGCAAAAAAUGUUAUUUUGGGUGGUGUCAAAUCCAUAACUCUUCAUGAUACUCAAAAUUGUACGAUUUAUGACUUAUCUUCUCAGUUUUAUUUGUCCGAUGCUGACGUUGGUAAAAAUCGUGCGGAGGCCACUCGUGACAAAUUAGCUGAGUUGAAUAAUUAUGUGCGUACCACUUCCUAUACGGGAGAAUUGACUGAAGAUUUUCUUAAGAACUUCCGUGUUAUUGUUUUGGCCACGAGCACUGACGCCGAACAGCAUCGUAUUGCAGCGUUUGCUCAUAAUAAUAAUAUUGCUUUGAUUAUUGCCGAGACUCGUGGCUUAUUUGCCAAAGUAUUCUGUGACUUUGGAGAGAAUUUCACCAUCUAUGAUCAAGAUGGUGCUCAACCUAUUUCCACCAUGAUUGCCAGCAUUACACGAGAUUCGCAAGGCGUUAUUACUUGUUUAGAUGAAACUCGUCAUGGCCUUAGUGAUGGCGAUUACGUAACUUUCUCUGAGGUGCAAGGCAUGAACGAAUUGAAUGGAUGUGCUCCAAUGAAAAUUAGUGUGUUGGGACCAUAUACCUUCAGCAUUGGAGAUACCAGUAAAUUUGGUGAAUAUGUUUCUGGCGGUAUAGCUACUCAGGUAAAAAUGUCCAAGACAAUUAGUUUUAAAUCGCUAGAAGUGGCUGAGAAGGAGCCAGAAUUCUUGAUUUCCGAUUUUGUUAAAAUCGAACAUCCGGGCACAUUACAUGUGGCGUUUAAAGCACUGCAUAAGUACAUUAAAGAAAACGGCAGAAUGCCACGUCCUUGGAAUUCGCAAGAUGCCCAGAAGUUUUUGAAUAUGUGCAAGGAUAUGGAUAACAACGUAUUGGAAAGUUUGGUGCUAACUUUCGCCAAAAUUUGUGCGGGCAAUACAUGCCCAAUAGAUGCUGCAAUGGGUGGGUUUGUUGCUCAGGAGGUGCUUAAAGCCUGUAGUGGAAAAUUUACUCCAGUCUAUCAGUGGUUGUAUUACGAUGCUAUUGAAUGUUUACCGGACCAUGAGGUUGAAGAAAGCGAUGCUGAGCCAAUUGGGUCGCGUUACGAUGCUCAGAUAGCCAUUUUUGGUAAAAAAUUCCAAGAGAAAUUGAGUGACGUGAAAUACUUCGUCGUUGGAGCAGGUGCCAUUGGUUGUGAACUGAUUAAGAAUUUUGCCAUGAUUGGUGCAGGCACCCGCAAUGGCCAAUUGUUCAUUACCGAUAUGGAUCUCAUUGAAAAAUCGAAUCUAAAUCGUCAGUUCCUGUUUCGGCCAAAAGAUGUGCAAAAGCCAAAGGCUGAAACAGCCGCAGCGGCGAUUCGUAUGAUGAAUCCCGAAGCUAAAGUCACGGCAUAUGAAUUGCGCGUAGGUUCCGAAACAGAGAGGGUCUUCUCGGAGGAAUUUUUUGGGAAAUUAGAUGGCGUUACUAAUGCUUUGGAUAACGUAGAUGCCCGUAUUUAUAUGGAUCGCAAAUGUGUUUUCAAUCGUAUACCUCUAGUGGAGUCCGGCACUCUAGGCACUAUGGGCAAUGUGCAGGUCAUUGUGCCCUUCUUAACCGAAUCCUAUAGUUCUUCUCAAGACCCACCCGAAAAGAGUAUUCCUAUAUGUACUUUAAAGAAUUUCCCGAAUGCCAUUGAACAUACAUUGCAAUGGGCGAGAGAUUGCUUUGAAGGUGUUUUUAGUCAAACCGCCGAAAAUGCUGCCCUCUACAUAACCGAUCCCAAUUUCAUAGAACGCACUCUUAAGCUUACUGGUAUUCAACCUUUGGAAAUAUUAGAAUCGGUCAAAAAAGCCUUGAUUGAUAAUAAACCAAAAGAUUUUGCUGAUUGUAUAGAGUGGGCUCGCUUGUACUGGGAGGAACAGUAUGCAAAUCAAAUUAAACAAUUGUUAUACAAUUUUCCUCCCGAUCAGGUUACCUCAAGUGGCCAGCCUUUCUGGUCUGGCCCAAAACGCUGCCCCGAACCCUUGCUAUUCGAUGUCAAAAAUUCCUUACAUUUGGACUUCGUUUACGCGGCUUCAAAUUUAAUGGCUCAAGUCUACGGCAUUCCUCAAAUGCGCGAUCGUGAAUACAUUGCUUGUAAACUACAAUCUGUCCAGGUACCAGAAUUUCAGCCUCGUUCGGGUGUUAAAAUUGAAACUAAUGAAGCUGCAGCAGCUGCUGAAGCUAACAAUCAUGAUGGCUCUGAAGUCGAUCAAGAUCGUGUCAAUAAAAUACUCAACGAACUGCAAGCAUUAGGAAAAUUAAAUUUUUCGAUCACACCUUUGCAAUUUGAAAAAGAUGAUGACACUAAUCUGCACAUGGAUUUCAUUGUAGCCGCAUCAAAUUUGCGAGCCGCCAACUAUAAGAUACCACCAGCCGACCGUCACAAAUCAAAAUUGAUUGCUGGCAAAAUUAUACCAGCCAUUGCUACCACUACUUCAUUGGUUUCCGGUUGGGUUGUACUUGAAGUUAUCAAACUUAUUAUGGGCCAUAAAGAUCUGUCAAAGUUCAAGAACGGUUUUGCAAACUUAGCUUUGCCUUUUGUUACCUUCUCGGAGCCAAAACGCGCAGAAAGCAAUACGUAUUACGAUAAAAACUGGACCUUAUGGGAUCGGUUUGAGGUACCCGGUGAAAUGACUUUGCAAGAAUUUCUCGACUAUUUCGAAAAGAAAGAGAAACUUAAGAUUACCAUGCUAUCGCAAGGCAUUUCCAUGCUUUACUCAUUCUUUAUGCCUAAGGCCAAGUGUGCGGAACGUCUACCACUACCGAUGAGCGAAGUAGUAAGACGUGUCUCCAAAAAACGUAUAGAACCUCAUGAACGCUCAUUGGUAUUUGAAAUCUGUUGUAAUGAUGAAGAAGGCGAAGACGUCGAAGUACCCUACGUUAGGUAUACUUUACCCUAAAAAGGUUUUCUUGUGCGAUAACUGUUGUUUAACUAAAAUUUAUUUUAUUUUAUUAAAAUUAAAAAAAAAAAAAAAAAAAAAACUUUUUUUAUAUACAUGCGCGUGAAGCGAUCCUUUCGACUUUAAUAUUUGUUUUGAAUUAAUAUCUUAGUGCGUAGAAAUCGAUGAUAUGGAAAGAUUACAGCAACAGCUUUGUCUUGCUUUUUUCUUUUCUAUUUUAUUUAAUCUGCAAUUAAUUUUUUUCUUUUGCGUAAAUUAAUUAAUUGCUACACUUAUAUUAUAACUUUUAUUUUCGAAGUAAAUUGGAAUAUAAUUUGUAAUAGAUUGUUCAUUUUCUUUUUCGAUAAAAAUAAAAUGAAAAAUUUAAAAUUAUAA